GUAGGGACAUAAUUUGUCGACGAACCUCCCGACAUUAUUGUUUACAUUUAUUAAUGAAUCGGUUAUGCUUCUAUACAGCCCGAAAAAGACUGCAUAAUAUUUUUAAUUUGUUUUUGUCUUCAUGGAGAGGAAUCAGGAAGAAGAUAUAGACUGGGGAGAGCGAUACAGACAGGAUCCGCUUAUUGUAAACAAAAGUAGGUAUGAGAGAUGUUCAGUUACAUCAGGACAGUGUGUGUAUUAUCAUUACUGCUGUGAUGGACAGGACGACAGAGGCUGGGGUUGUGGAUACAGGACUGUUCAGACGAUGUGCUCUUGGAUUAAUACCAAUAGACCACCACCGAGUCUCCAUGAAAUCCAGCAAGUUACAGUAGGAGACAAACUAGCCUCGUUUCUGGGCUCUAAAGAGUGGAUAGGGACUUGUGAGGCUGCUCUGGUUCUGGACCAGAUGUAUGAUGUCGCCUGCAGACUAGUGCGCAGUGGGGCAACAGAGCUCGAGCAGGCGGCUCAGGACCUGCACUUUCAUUUCCUCACCCAUAGAUCACCAGUCAUGAUGGAUGGAGACAGGGACAACACAUCCAAAUGCAUUCUGGGUGUGUGCACCGGAAAAGAAGGCAGCUACCUGCUUAUAAUGGACCCGCACUAUUACGGCUCUGUCCUGGACAAGGAGUUUCUGCAAAAGAAUGGCUGGGUGGCGUGGAGGAGAUUUCAAUCUCUCGAUCUGAGCUCCUUCUAUAAUCUUUGUUUGCCACAAACAUUAACACUGAUUCUCAUUAUUGCCAUCAUGACAUUGACACAUUCUUAGAAACCUGUAUUAAAAGCUUAAUAAUGAGAAAAAUUAAGGAAAGAAUAAUAAAGACAUGUCACGUCCCCGAGUGUAUUUGAAAUUAAUGUACUAUUUUAUUUACUAUCUAUUUGAAAUCGGGAAAAACAUAGGCGUAAAUUUCAUUUAACAGUAGGGGGGGGGGGCAAUUUUUGAAGCGGGGACUCAAAUAAUAGUCAAAUUGUACUUAUAAAGACAUGUCCCCACAGUGAAAAACUUUGCUUUUAUCAUUAUUAUAGCAUGGAGACAUCAGGCCCAGCACCAGAUAUGAGAUGAAAGGUGGGCUAAGUGAUAUUCCAAGUGGGCCGGUCGUAUUGGGGUGGGGGGAUCUUUAAUGCUUUAAUCUCUCAUGUCUAUAGUUUUAAUACCAUAUAUUUAAGACAAUUGUUAGGAUUGUUUGUUAUUGUUGAGUUUGUGUUUUCUUCAUUUUUAAUAUUUUUUGUACAUUUUUUGGAACUAUUUAGUAACUUUAUAUAUAUAAAAAGGGUUAACAUGUUUAUUUUUACAUUCUCUCUUUUUGCAUUUGUAAUAUUUUUUGACCCCUUAACAGAUCCUGUAUCAAUUAGAUUUGAUAAAUAGGGGCAAUUCUUUUGCACUCAUGUUUUUGAAGACCGCGGUCACGUUCUAAUGCUGCUUUCCAGUUUCGAAAACGAAACGAAACGUCGAAAAGAACGUGUCAUUUUCAGAGAAAGCAACACUGAACACUCGACACGGAAAACAAAAGCAUGCAUCGCGAUCUACAGAAUAUUCAAGCCACAGCCGUGACUGAUAACAACGAAAAAACAUCUCUCUCUCCCUCCAAAAAGAGUUCGGGGGUAUGAUUUCAGAACCGGCUGGUAAGGAUUCGCCCUGUUUGAAUCAUUCGGGACAGAAUUGCUGCAUCUUUGAGUGGGUGCUUUUGACACUAUCGGAAGAUGCAGAUGAACUCGACUCAUCUCUUUCUCCGAGCUCAUUGCCACAAAUGGAUGAGGAGGUGGUAGCUGUGUCCUGGAGAGCUAAAGUGGUUUUCUUUUGUCCUUUCGGAACAAGAAAUCUGUACAUUUUGUAUUUUAUUAGGCUAUAUAUAGUGUGUUAAUCAAGUUCACUAACAGUUCUAAUAAAGUUACUGUGACUGUC